AUGAGAGGAAAGAGGUCAAAACAGUACCGGAAGCUCAUGGAGCAAUUCUCCCAGACUUUCGGCUUCCGUGAACCGUAUCAAGUCUUGGUCGAUGCCGAGAUGAUCCAAGAUUCCUCCCGAUGCAAGAUGGACCUCGAGCCUGCUCUGUCAAGGACUGUCCAUGGCAAGGUCAAGUCCAAUUUUAUAAAGCUCGGCCAAUCCCUCGAAAGACGAAGAUGCGGUCAUCACCCUAACGAGUACCCCGAACCGCUGAGCACUCAAGAAUGCCUUCGAUCAGUAGUCGACCCCAAGGACACAAACCAAAACAAGCAUCGUUAUGUGGUUGCCAGUCAAGAUCAGGAAGUGCGAAGGAUGCUACGAGGAAUCAAAGGUGUUCCUCUAAUCUAUAUCAAGAGGAGUGUCAUGAUACUCGAGCCAAUGGCCGACGAAAGUGUUCAGGUCCGAGCGAGGGAAGAGAGGAGCAAGUUCCGAGCAGAAAUCAAGAGCUCCGUCGGAAAGCGAAAGCGAGAAGACGCAGACGAUGAUGAUGAGAAGGCCGACAAGAAGGACGCCGGUACUACAGAAGACCAAAAGAAGAAGAAAAAGAAGGGGUAUGGAUCCAAAGGACCCAACCCUCUGGCAGUCCAAAAGCCGAAGAAGCCAAAGACGGAUGGCCAGCAACCACGAAAGCAGGAAUCCUCCGAGGUCAAGGAGAACACACAAGAAGGCGCCGGCAAGCGAAAGAGACGGAGACGGAACAAGACCUCUGAGACAGAGGACCAAGGCGAAGCGAAUACUACCACUACCACUGAGGUGACUAUGGCAGACGCUUAA